GCGACGUCGCAAGAGCGAGCGCGACGAAUCGGCCGGCGUUGAUCGCCUUUUACGACAGAGCCCGAUCGAAUUAGCCGCGGGCCGGAUUUAGGCGAGCGUGGCAUAAAGCGCCGACAAAGGCCGGGCGAUCCGCGAUUACGCGAACGGGAGCGAGAAGAGAGGCCAAUGUCAGGUACGUCGAUUCUUAUUGGGCAGUGCGGACACACGGGCGACGGACACAUCCUGGUAGCGCGGCGCGCGUUCGGCACGGGACCUUUUUUCCCACGGGGUAUAUAAGGCCCCGGCGAACAGGGUGAUGCACGACACAUAAUCCGAGUACCUUGGCGAGUACUGAUCUUCGGCAGCGCUAAGGAGCCAAGCGAUUUCGCUCGAGACAUCAUGCAGGUCCUGGUUAUUCUGUCCGCCGUGUUGGCUUGCGCCUUCGCUCGCCCCGGCGUCCUUCUGAACGCGCCGGCGGCGGCCACUCUGACGCAUAUCGCGCCGUUGGCUUACGCCAAGCUGGUGCCGGGUGCCCCGAUCGGGCUGGACGGCCGAGUGGUGGACACCCCGGAAGUCGCACUGGCCAAGGCCGAGCACGCGGCCGCUCACAUCAACCAGAAGAUCGAUCUGGCCAAGGAAACGGUCAAGUCGACCGAUUACCACGUGAUCGCUUACGAAGCACCGGCUGCCGUGGUGGCGACCGAGGAGCAUCUGGUGCAACCGGUUGCGCUGGCGACGAAACUGGUCCCCGGUGCGCCGAUCGGGCUCGACGGGCGCGUUGUCGACACGCCGGAAGUGGCCCUCGCCAAGGCGGAGCAUGCCGCAGCGCACGUGAACGAGAGGCUCGGCCAUGAGGCCACGAAACUGGCCGCCUCCCAUCAGCUCUUGCCGCUCGUCGUCUCGGCUUACGCCACGCCGGUCAUUCAUUCCUACGUCCACUGAAUUCGGCAAUUCGAAAUAACGAGGCCCGCUGUAUCGUUCGCUCGAUGGUGUAAAUAAAUCCGCUGAAGCGCGAGCUCGUGGCGCAAAUCCUUGCGACUGUUUUAUUGCGACAUUGGCCCUCGAAUCGUGAGAUUUUUAUAUAUAUAUAUAUAUAUAUAUAUAUAUAAAUACAUAUAUAAAAACAUAUUGUGUGAGAACACACAAGAUGUUUUAUACGCGCAAAAAAUUGUACUACGAUUGUUCGCGCACCUUACGAAGCUAUGUGCGUGUCUUUUUCAUACUUUUUUCACACUCACGCUAUAUCCGUUGCUUUUAUUACGGAUCUUCAAAUUUGUAUAAAGGCGACACAGCCGUAAUUCUCAGCCGUGACUAAUAAAAUGACUUACUGAAACCGCAUUUUCUCUGG